AUGGGUGGCAGUAACGGAGCUUACAUUGAGGGCGAUGGAAAUGGCACCAAAGACUUGGACUCUGUUUCCAAACGGAAACAAUACUCAAAGAAUGGAUGUCGAGAAUGCAAAAGAAGGAAGAUCAAAUGCACAGAAGAAAAACCCCAUUGUCUGAGAUGUACUCGACUAAACAAGUCAUGCUCGUAUCCUGCCGUGGGGGAGAAAGUGUUACGAGUUUCUAAACGAUUUUUACGAGAGAAUCCAGCUUACUACAUGAAUCAAGAAGAAUCAAAAUCAUCAUUAAAAAUCCAGCAAUAUCCACGUGGAGGUGGUACAAAUGUUGAGAAGGAAUCACCUACUUCGGAACAUUCAAAGGAAUCCACCCCGAUUUCGGAGUUAGCACCUAGUUCUACCAAUAAUAAUACGAAUAGUAUUGUUCCUCAACAAAAACCAUUAUAUAAUCCAGUUAUACCACCGUUUGAUCCUACAGUCCAAUACCAACUCCAACAGCAGACAUUCCUGCAGCCACUUGGCACUUCUCAGAAGCCACCACUAGUUCUGAACACGGCGUUGACUUCGAAUCAGUACCCUUUUGCUCCGUCUUCAGUUCCGAUAAUACCGUCAUUAUAUCCAGCAAUAAGUGCACAACCACAAGCGCAACCUCCACCUCUGUCUCAAGCUCAGCCUCAACCACAUCCUUCAGUCUUCCAAUCGACUGCAGUACCAGGGAUUGUUCCCUCACCUGGAUAUGUAGCACCAGGAAUUGGACCUACGGUAACACCACAGGCCAAUGCAUAUGCUGUAUAUGAUGCUUCUCGUAUUUUACCUUCAAGAUUUCCAAGUUAUGCAACCUCGCAAUAUUUGCUGCCAAAAUACGAGACAACUGCAACAACACAGACGCAAACACCUGCAGCCUCGUAUUUAACUCCUAUAACUCAAGAUUCUCAAAGCUCAGAGCCAUCUUCGGGACCUUUGGCUUAUGAUGCGGAUAGCAUAGAAACAUUGGCAGAAAGCUUCUAUAGUCAGAAUGACUUGAACAUACUUGCUGCCGAUUUGAACAACUUAGUCAGCGACAUAAUGUACGAACUCGACGACAAGUUCAAGGAAGGAGACGAAUCGCUGUUUAACAGUGCCCAAUGGGAUCUCGAGAUAAGUGCAGAGCCUCCUAGGAUUAUUCCCAGGAAUUAUGAUACCGAAAGCAUAAAGUUAAGUCUUCCCCAGGAGCGAUUAUAUUUAGAAGCUUUUAGUGCCGAAUUCAGUGGAAUAGUAUUACCGUUUUGCAGCUAUGACAAGACUUUGAAGACAAAAUUCAAUCCUGUAAGAGACAUCUUACUUUAUUCGGCCAAUAAUGAGCCCUGUCUUUUGUCGGCAUUAUUGGCAAUGGGUGCAAAAUGUGUUCAUUCAAGAACCAAACUUCGAAGUCAUGAAGCAGCGUAUUGCUCGUAUCUAUCCAAAUGUCUCAAGUACUUGGCUAAAUCAGUAGUAGUUAACCCUACUACCAAAUAUAACGAUCAAAGACGGAAUUCGUUAUCUGCUGAUAUAGAAGCAGUUCUUUUAACUGUGUUGCUUAUGACAACGUUUAAUGCAGCCAACAUUAAGCAAGAUUGGAGACCUCAUUUACGAGGUGCAAGAGAUUUGCUCUUGCGCCAUACAACAACCGAUAUACCCAAUACAAAGGUGUUUAUAUUCUGCAAGUUCUGGUUUAUCAUUCUUGAGAUAUUGGCAGGUAUAAGUUCAAAGAAAGGUGGCACAUUAAAGACUGAUAAAGACAUAGAUUCGUUGAUCAACGUGGGGACGCCAUAUGAACAGAAAGUCCUUCAAGAUUUGGGUAUUCUUAUGGAUAAUGGAUUCAAUACUUUGGGAGGAUAUAGCCAUCGAACUUUGAACUAUUUUCGGGAUUAUAUUAAGAUCAUGAACCGGAUCCGAGACAGGAAACAGGAAGCCCCCAAUGUUUCUGAAUCUAUACAAGUGUUUUCCUUACUUGGUACUCUUUAUAAAUCGUCAGAGGAUGAGUUUGUUGAUGUAAACUGCGUCUUCCCCAGAGACGACAUUAAAAGUGCUUCAUUCUUAACAGAUACCGUGGAAAUGAGUGGUAAAAAACUCUCCAUAAGUUGGCAAGAUGCAAGUCACCAAGGUUAUACAUCUGCCAUGAUAAUAACGUUGUUAACACAAACGUUGCAGAUCCCAGAUCAAUCGAGUCACAUUCAAUUCUGGUCUUCAAGAAUUGCCAAUAUCGUUUCAAUCUUUGAUAAUAAUUUGGACGAAAUCCCUGUGGGAUUGAACAAAUAUGCAUUAUUGAUGUUACAAUGGCCCAUUAGAACUGCUGGCUUGCAUAGUGUUGAUCGCCAUGAGUAUAAAUUUGUUGAGCUGUUCUUCAAGUUGUCUUCAACAGUCACUGGCAGUGCCAUUUACGCCUUGAAGCGGGUGAAAGCUGUGUGGAAAAAGAGAGCAGAUGGUACACCGAUUAUUAUGGAAACAGAUGAAGAAUUGGAUACCGUCUCGUAUUAA